UCGUGGGCUCCCUCUCUCUCUCUCUCCCUUUUGCAGGAUCAGGUGUUUGAGAUUGAUAUAAAUAGCGCGUAAGGGGCUGUUUGUUCGCUACAUUGCAAUCUUUUCUUCCUUAUCACCUCUACUCCCUUCGAUCUGCUGCAGCGAUGGGGGCUGGGCAAGUUUCAGUCGAUUCAAUCAAUCCCAAGGUUCUAAAAUGUCAGUAUGCUGUACGUGGAGAGAUCGUAGCCCAUGCUCAGCGUUUACAACAAGAGCUAAAAGCAAAUCCUGGUUCUUUACCGUUUGAUGAGAUACUUUACUGCAAUAUUGGAAAUCCUCAGUCCCUUGGGCAGCAGCCAAUAACCUUCUUCAGGGAGGUUCUUGCUUUAUGUGACUAUCCUUCUCUUCUGGACAAGGACAAAACUCGCCACUUAUUCAGUUCUGAUUCCAUUUCUAGAGCUCAGCAAAUUUUGGAUCAAAUUCCAGGAAGGGCGACUGGUGCAUACAGUCAUAGUCAGGGAAUUAAGGGAUUGCGGGAUACCGUAGCUGCAGGAAUAACUGCUCGUGAUGGUUUUCCAUGCAAUUCAGAUGACAUCUACCUGACAAAUGGAGCCAGCCCUGCUGUUCACAUGAUGAUGGAGUUGCUCUUAAGUUCAGAGAAAGAUGGCAUCUUGUGCCCUAUUCCACAGUAUCCCCUAUACUCUGCAUCUAUAACUCUUCACGGUGGCACUCUUGUUCCAUACUACUUAAAUGAAGCAUCAUGCUGGGAACUCGAGAUGUCUGAACUUAAGAGGCAAACAGAAGAGGCUAGAUCAAAAGGGAUAAAAGUCAAGGCCUUGGUUGUUAUAAAUCCAGGAAACCCAACUGGUCAGGUUCUGUCAGAGGAAAAUCAAAAGGAUAUUGUUGAAUUUUGUAUUGAAGAAGGUCUAGUCCUUAUAGCUGAUGAGGUCUACCAGGAAGAUGUCUAUGUUGACAACAAGAAGUUCAAUUCUUUCAAGAAAAUUUCAAGGUCAAUGGGGUAUGGGGAAGAGGAUAUUGCUUUAGUUUCACUGCAAUCAAUUUCAAAAGGUUACUAUGGAGAAUGUGGAAAAAGAGGAGGGUACAUGGAGGUUACUGGUUUUAGCUCCAGCGUGAAAGAGCAAAUCUACAAAAUUGCGUCUGUCAAUCUGUGUUCAAAUAUUUCUGGUCAAAUUCUUAGCAGUUUGGUUAUGAGUCCUCCAAAGGUUGGUGAUGCAUCGUUUGAUUCUUACCGUGCUGAAAGAGAUGGGAUACUUUCUUCUCUUGCUAGACGUGCUAAGAUGCUUGAAGAGGCAUUUAACAGUUUAGAAGGCUUCAGCUGCAACAAGGUGGAAGGAGCAAUGUACCUCUUCCCUCGUAUUAACCUGCCACGAAGAGCAAUACAAGCUGCUCAAGCAGAAAAUUCCGUGCCUGACGUGUUCUAUGCUCGUCGCCUUUUGGAAGCCGCCGGUAUUGUUGUUGUUCCUGGAUCUGGCUUUGGUCAGGUACCUGGAACUUGGCACAUUAGGUGCACCAUACUCCCUCAAGAGAACAAAAUUCCAAUGGUCAUCUCGAAGCUGACAGAGUUCCACAAAGCAUUCAUGACAGAGUUUCGUGAGUAGAGCUGAAGUGGCCUUUGAUCUGGUGUCAUAAGGGACUAUUUUGUGUGCAAUAAGCUAUCCCGUGCUCUUAGAGCCAAUUUUUGCUGAAUGCUGUCUAGUGCCAUGGUAUUUUGAAACUGUGUAGAAUGUCCCUUUUGUCAGUUUUUAGUUUAUGUUGGCGUUUGUAAUUUAA